AUGUCGUCGCAGCGAGAGAACUACCUUUGCAAGUGGCUCUGCCGCAUUGACAACGGCAUUGAGUGCGACAAAGCGUAUCUUCACUCCAACGAUGGAUUCAAAGUCCAUGUGCAAGCCGUGCACAAGUUGGAGUGGCCUCGCAAGGGCCGCACUCUAUACGGCACGAUGAUCCCGGCGCCGCCUCUUGUAGUCACAGCAACAGCGCCAGCCUCGACGCCCACUGAGCCUGAAGUGUCGUUACA